AUGGCGUUCAUGGUCCAGCUGGAACCGAGGUACCUGGGGAGCGAGAGCAGCAUGAUGCAGUGCCUGGUGCUCAGAGCCCUCAGCGCCCUCUGCCACAAACCCGCGAUGGGAGAGGGACAGAGGGACAAAGCUAUUCAGGUAGCGGCCAACAGUCGGCCACUGCUGCACGCAGGGAGAAGCUGCGGGACCCGGCCCUUGGCUGAACACCACGGGGUGUUGCGCGUCGUGGGCGGCAGCGAUGCCUCCCCGGGAGCCUGGCCCUGGAUCGUCAGCAUCCAGCUUCCCGGGGCAGUGGGCAGCGGGCACAUCUGCGGAGGCUCCCUCAUCCAUCCCCGGUGGGUCCUGACCGCAGGACACUGCUUUGACAAGUACAGGAACGUCCCGACGUGGCGCAUGGUGAUCGGGGCCACCCGGCUGUCUGAGCUGGGCUCCGAGGCCCAAGUGCGCAAGAGCAAGCGGCUGCUGAUCCACGAGAGCUACCGCAAAGGCGCCUUCGAGAACGACAUCGCCCUGCUGGAGCUGGACGAGCCCGUGCAGUGCAGCAACUACGUGCAGCUGGCCUGUGUGACUCACUUCUCCGACGUGGUGGUGUCACAGCUCACAGACUGCCACGUCGCUGGCUGGGGCUACACCGCGGAAGGCUCUGCAGAAACAUCCGACGUGCUGCAGGAGGCCAAGGUCCGCCUCAUCAAUGUCAAGCUCUGCAACAGCAGCGAGUGGUACGGAGGGGCUGUGCGCAGCUACAACCUGUGUGCUGGCUACCCGCGGGGCGGCAUCGACACCUGCCAGGGUGACAGCGGGGGCCCGCUCGUCUGCAGAGCUCCACACGCCAACUUCUUCUGGCUUGUGGGCCUGACCAGCUGGGGGAAAGGCUGUGCCAGACCAAAGCAGCCUGGGGUCUACACCUCCACCCAGCACUUCUUCAACUGGGUCCAGUCACGGAUUCGCUCAGGAGGAAGUGCUGCCACACUCGCCCGGCCAAAGAGGCCAUCACAAGGCUCAGCCCUGGCAACAACAGCAGUGACUGAGUCCUGCUCAUUCCCACUCCAGAAGCUGCUGGAUUUCGUUAAUUGGAUCCAGCAGCUCCUGCAGUCUCUGCAGGGAAAAGUGGCUUAA